AUGUCCCGCCGCGCUUCCAACUGCAUCUCCAAUCCCAGCUCCGACUCGAUGCAUCCCUCGCAUCGUUCUGCUGUCAAAGCCACGCCCUCCGGGAUCGUCGAGACCGUUCGGUUGACAAUGCUCGAUAUCAGCUCUCGGCGUGUUGACUCAGAGCGGCCCGUGAAUCAAUCGAGAGAGCAUUUCAGAUCAAGUUGCGCUACGGACAAAUUCUUCGUCCGCUUAAACGGAUAUCUGCAAAUCCCAACUGUCGCCUCCGUCAUCCCUGCCUUUUCCGCAUCUCGCACCCUUAAAAGCUUUAGCACCGCCUUAGAGGAGCCUUGCUAG